CGGCAAAUGAAUAUCUGACCUUUUCCAAGGUGGUCGUGUAGUACAGGUCAGUUCUCAUUUAAUGGCCUAAUGGUAUGUAAAGAAAACUGUAUAGAUAUUACGACAUUCGAGUGACUUCAAAUUAAUGGGAAAAAAUCCUGUGAAAAAACACCGGACAUGUGUGAAGAAGCCAGUUCGCAAGAAUAAUAUUUCCCGUUCCGAAUCCCUUAAAAGAGAUUUAGAACGUUAUGGAAAAGUGGGUGGAUUGUUUGAUAAACGUCUGGGUAGUCGUAAUGUCACUCUAACUGAAUCAGAAAAAUCUUUGCAAAGGCAUAUCGUCGAAAAAUUGAGACAACUUGAUAACGUUUCUUUGGAAAGUGUCGAUGAUAAAGAUCCUUUAUUCAAGGCAGCAUUUGAUUCAAGUGUACCAGCUCGAAAACUAUGCACGGCUAAUGAUGUGGAAGGCGGAAUCGAAGGUCAUAUAGUGGAAAACAUCUUCUUCACUAAUGGUUUUACCGGUAAUAAACCGGCGCAAAAUUUCAAAGAAGCUCUGGCAGAUAAAAUUGCAGCUUCGAAAUUAGAGAGAUUGAAACGUGUUGAAGAAAAUGAAGAACAACGUGAGCGAUUAAAGGUUGUUAAUGACGAGUGGACCAAAAGCAUACGUUUUCUCUUGAGCAAAAUCCAUGGCAUAAAGAAACGUCCAACAACAGCAAAUCAGCAAAAAAAUAAUAAGAAUGUCUCUCGUUUACUAGAAGCAUUGAGUACCGAUAAAAAAGUAUUGCCUAUCGGCUUUUCAAAUACCCAAAACCCACAAGAACAACUCUUCAGGCUUCAGGAUAUGGUGAACGCUCGCAAGUCUACGUGAGUUUUAAGUUUCUUUUUGUGAUAAUAAGUUGUAGUAACAUUUUUCUC